UUUAGCCGCGCGUUUAACGCCUCCGGUGGGGCCGGCUCAGGGGACGCCAGUCGAGGCGGCCGCCAUGAGCGGGGAGCGGGACCUGUUCGAUGCUAUUACGACGGCCGAAGAGAGGUAUCAUGAUGAAGGCUAUCAUGAAGGUUAUACAGAAGGCAGUUGUUUUGGUAUAACAGAAGGAAGACACUAUGGAGUAAUUCAUGGUGCCAAAAUUGCUUUAGAGAUUGGAAACUACCAAGGUUUUGCACUUACUUGGAAGUUUCUUCUGAGCAAAGGUACAACUGACAAAGACAGCAAAAGAAUGAAGAUCCUAGAAACAUUAAUAGGGAUGAUUCAGAAAUUCCCACUUGAUGACCCUACUUAUGACAAACUUCAAGAAGAUUUAGAGAAAAUUAGAGGAAAAUUUAAACAGGUUUGCUCAUUGCUAAAUGUUCAACCCGAUUUUAGAGAUAAGUCAGGUUGUUCUGCACUGUCAUUUUGAGCAUAAGAGAUGUACUGAGAUGAAGCAUUAAAGGAACAAGUAUCUGUGUAUAUUGUGUUUACAAAUGAGAUUAAAGUCAAAGCAAUGCGUGAUUAUUCAUUGUCCUGAAGGGUGGGUUACAGUUUUGCUAGUGAAAAGACUUCCCUCCUAGGUUUUCAGAUUACAGUCUUCAGACCCUUUCUUUGAAUCCUGUAUGUGCAGGCCUAUCCUCUGUUAAAGGUUUGCUGGCCUGGCAGUUUAAAAUAAGCCUAAUUUAGAAAACAUUUACUCAGUUCUGAUUAAUUUUGUUGGUUUUCCUUAUUGGUUUUCCUAAUCCUCUGCAGAGGAGGCUGUGCAGUCUUCUGAAUCUGAAUAGACUCUCAUAUAGGUUUUUUCCCCAUGGAUUUUAGCAUCUGUAAAAGUAAUAUAUGAGCGCUUGAGUGGGUAAUUAGAGUAACAAAUCCAAAUGACUGAUGUAAGAAAACUACAGAAUUCCAUUAACUGAUUAUUAGUUAUUGAAUAGCAGGGAGACAGGAAAACUUGGUUAGUAUAUUAUUUCAUUGGGUUAUGGAGAAUGCCAUCUGAUCCAUUAUAUUUUUAUAUUAGCAUAUGACAAUGACUAGGGAUAUAUUAUAGAUUAAUAUAUAUUCCUUGCCCCACGAGGAGCUUACAGUCUAGGAUCUGGAAAUGCAAGCAUUUAAUUAUUUUCCCCCAAAAUGGAUACGCUAUUUAGUUUGUUUUCAAAAGAUGAAAUAUAGUUGGUACAAAAUAUUCAUGUUGACACUAUUAAAAACAAUUAUUUUUAGAGACCAAUACAGGGUCAAUCAUAUUUAUAUGGUGAUUCAACACAUUAACAGGUUUAUCACUCAUGUGAAGUGUGUAUUUGUGAAACUAUUUCACCCAUUAUUCAUUUAAUUGGGCAUACAGAAUUCUUUUAAUUUUCAGUUGAAAAUAAGUUUGAAAAUGACUGUGCCAGAAAAGUGAAUUACAUUUAGUAAGGUAAGAGUCUUUUGUUAAGAAAACCGAAGCCUCAUUUUUAUCAUAAUUAUGGAAGACCUAGGUGAGCUUGACACUUCAAUCUCUUUCCUUUAAAAAAUUGCUUCCCUCUUGCUUUGCUCACAGUAAGUACUCUAUAAAUACCAUUGAUUGCUUGGGAGUUAUUGGAAGAACUCUUUUCCACGAUACCCUGUAAAUAGCCAAUUAAACAUGAUAUUGUCCAUAUUAUUCUUCAGGGGCUUGGGAAUAUGGGAGUUUUUUUAACAAAAAUUAUUUUUCUGAAUACUGUAUAUGUAAAUAAAUGCUACUUUUUUUAAAAGUU